AUGCCACCUCAACCUAAAGUGAAGAAGGACAUCAAGCUCCCUAUUGAGUUCAACCCCGGCCCUAGAGUACAGCUUCCAACUAGGGUGAAUUCCGAAAGAGCCCACGAAGAGGCUUACCGCGCUUGGUAUUCUAUCCCCUAUCAACCUGCGUAUCAUGGAGAUGCCCUGGCAGCCCUAGAAGGAAGAUCCACAAAGAGGGCCCCAACGAGGACCAUAAAAAGGACUCAUGAAAGUACUCGUGAAAAAGCUACAGAGAGGACCCAAGAAAAGGCCCGGACUCCCCAGACACUGUGCCAUGUUAUGCGACGAGCGAUUACUAACUAUAAAAUCAGAGAUCUCUCUUUGCCCAAAUUGCUAUUUGAACUUCGGCGUGAGAACGGUCCCGUGACAGGGAUCAAGGUAGAAGAUAUGCACAAAUUCGUGUGCGCAUCACACCUUGUUUGGGAGAUGUGCUCUGCGCUCGCACAGAACGGCGACGAUCCCAAAUGGACAGAAAUGUUCAAAAUCUGGGAACCGCAGUAUGCGGAGGUUAGGGCUCAGAUUGCUUCUUGUAAAGGCAAGACUAGGUUCUCUGUUGUUAUUCCUCCCCCUCCGGUGGAUCUUACAAUUGUUGAGCAUCGCGCUCAUCUUGCUUCUGGAUACGAGCGGAAAAUAUUUGAGUUAGCGGGAACCGAGUUCGCCUAUAGCAGUUCCUUGCAUCUGUGUGAUGAUCUGUGCGAGCUUCGCAAAUAUCUCACUGUCCUUUCAACUCGUCCUAAGUGGGGGUCAUUGAGCAUCACUUUCCGGCAUGAGCCUUGGUUCCCGGAGGGAAGGUGA